CCGAGAACGAGGUUAUGGAACCCACCGUUACUUGCCGGAGACAUCGGCGGCAGCAGCAGCGUAUUACCAUCAUCAACAACAACAGCAGAAGCUCUGCUUCCCAGGAAAGAUGGAGAACUCCGUGGAGGUGUCCACACACCCUGUGCAGGGAAAGCAGCCAAAGCCACGGGCAGGGGAACAGGAGCAGUGCCCGGAGGAGCAGAAGGGCAGAGUAGGGGACAGGGCAGCGGAGAAGGAGGCGCAGCCGGCUGAGGCAGAGUACCUGAGCUCCAGGUGUGUCCUCUUCACCUAUUUCCAGGGUGACAUCGGGGACGUGGUGGACGAGCACUUCUCACGCGCACUCAGCCAGGCCAGCGGCCUCCCAGGAAACAGCCACAGCAACCAAAACCCUGCAGGCAGUCUGCAGAGAGCAGGUGGCAUCUUAUCGUCAGGCCAGUGUGCUGAUUUCCCAUCAUCCCUCUGGAGCAGCGGCUACCCGUCGCAGAGCAGCCCCUGCCUCCCCUCCGUCCACCCCGUCUUUCAUUCGGUGGAGCACCGAGCGUGGGCGGGGCACGGCCUGCCGGCUCCGCCCCCUCCCUCCGACUGCUGGCCGUACAGCCUGGGAGCCCAGGGCAAUCCCGGCUACACCCGCGUCCAUGAGGACUACCCCCACGUUCUCCCCCGCCACGUCCCUCCCAUGGUGCACCACGCUUUCGGCUCCGCCCUAGACCCCCAGCUGCCCGGCGCAUGCCCACCCUGUAGCCCUGGCACCCACGGUGACGUCAGCAAGACAGAGACCGGGACCGUCUCUACUCAUACCUGGCACAUCUCGCACCAGGGGUCGGUGGAAAAUGCCUAUGAGCUGAGCGAGUGAUCGGCCAGUCUCUCUCUCCCUUUCUCGCUUGAGCGAUUGGCUAAAGAUGUCACAUACUUUGUCCCCGAGCCCUAAAUUAAUGGCAAGUGACUGAAAAGAAAAGAAAAGAAACCACAUAAACCACAGACACUCUAGCCAUCCUUGACUAUCCUUUCCAGUGCAGUACUAAUCCUGUACAGUAGCAUCAGACUCUCUCACGCUUACAUUAAAACCUGAAGAGAAGUAUGCAUGCAAUUAUGGCUUUUAAUGUCCAAGAAUGUACGUUUCCUUUCAUCAGCAGAAAGUUUCAUUCCAUUUUUAAGCUAUGUCUGCCCUGUCCACUACCCUCAGCCAGCACAAACAGAAGACAUGUGUCUGAUUCAGACUCAUUGGAGGUCCAUGGAGAAAUUAAUGCUGUGGCGUUUCCAGUCCGGUUAUGGAAAAGCUUUCACUUUCCUGGGAAUUCAGAAAUACAGAAAACAAACAUGUUUUAGUGAAACUCAGGAAGAAAGGUCUCCAGAUUCUGUUUCAGUGGCGUAGCACUAACAAAAACAAGACAAAAGGAAGCCACUUUCACCUGAAAGAUUGUUUCAUACUUUUUAACGAUGUUUUAUUUAUAUUUUUAUUGUUAUAUUUCAUAGAAAAUUGUUGUUUAUUUACUGUUAUUUUUCUGUGUAAGGCAGAUUAAUUAUUUCAUUUUUUAUUUUGUGUGAAAAGCCAACUGUGUUUAUUGCGAUUGUGCAGUGGUUUUGUCAUGUUUUCCAGGUGUUUAGAUAUAUUUUCUUUUUGGAGAAAGUGGCAGUGCAGUUGUUGACAUGACUAAAACAUUGCUAAGUUCUAUUGGCAAAAAUAAAUUAUUUACUUUUGUUUCAUUGAAAUGUGAUAUUAAAUAUUCUGCUGUAUAUCUGAUGUUUGCCUCAUAAAUUAUUCAUUGCAACUCAAGUUUGAAUUUUAUCUCUUGAUGUGCACUGACAAUUAUUGAUGUAUAUAGUAAUAAAAUCCAAGCAGCAAUUUAAAAAA